GUGUUGAGUGUUCUGAGUGCAUGUGCGUCCAUUUCCUCCGCGUGUUUCAGGGAAUGGCUACACACAGACGAAGCCGCUCUGCUGGUGGUUCCACCCCGCAUGGAGAGCGUCGAGGGAAGACGUUGUCACCGGCAAGGGAAACGAGUCGGGGAGGUGGCGGUGGGGAGGAAGACCGAAGGGCUCAAAACUUGUGGUGCGACUACAACAAACGUGUCUGGUAUUUGGACUGGGCGAGCCAGGACGGCUCCGACCCGUUGAAACCAUCGUGCGGGCCACUCUUGUUCCUCGCCGUUCGCGCCGAUAGGACGCGUCUCGCAGGGUCCAUCGUCGAGUGGGUCGACGAAGGCGAAUACAAUUUCAAGUUUACGUUGUGGAAGCUUUACAGAAGUGAUUGUUCCGUCGACGACAUCGCAAAAGGAUGCAAGGUUGUCGGGAGGAUGUUCGGCGGGUACGGCCAGCGUGCGAUGUCUUUGUCGUCCUUCGUCCUGCUAGCGCCAGGGCACGACGAGGCCAUUCACGUGACAGACUUCCUCGAGGUUUGGGCGAGAUCAGGUACCUCUGUCAGUGUCGUGGACGUCGGACCUGGGACAUCGAUCAGUGGUCCUGUUGGGUUCGCAGGGGGAGAGUGCUCUGAAAGGAGGAUGGGAGGUCAGGGUGGCCUGCCAGCUACGCCUCCUGAUCAAGAGGUGGGCAUGUCAGACGACUCGGAGGACGACCAUCCGCGUGCUCCUCUGAAACCGGGCUUGCUGGGAUCUCGCCGCCAAGGUUUGCUUGGGGAGUCGACACCACGUGGAGGCGGCGUUGGCGAACGGUUGCAACAGGGCUCAGAAUCGACGACUCCUCGUCGUCUAGUCGAAAGGAUCGGUGCGUUCGUUCAUGGCAUGCAGGUGGCCGAGGUUUCGCCUGGCGAUCGCGCGGGUGGUUCACAGGUUCGAGAGGUGCGUGGGUCAGAUGAGACGACUCGCCGGGACCGACCUGCGCCUGCACAACUGCAGACGGAGUUGAGCCAGGAACGAGAAGCAAGUGGGAACGUUGCCGGUGAGGACGAGGUGUUCGAACAGGGGGUGUUCCGUGAGAGAUCGCCUGAAAAGACUCAGUCGGGAGGCAAGCGCAACAUGGCAGAUGAGGAAGAGCCAGAGGGAGUAGGUGCUCUGAAAAGGCAGAGAAAGGAAGGAGGGAGUGCUCGGACGCCAACAACACGAGAGGGCGGUUCCGUUGAGAAGAGGAAAAGGGUUGGAGGUGGGGAUAAAACGCCAAAAGACUCGUCGACACGGCGACGAACCGGUGAGUCUUCACGGAAACGGUCGAAAUCAGCGAGGGAGAAGAAAGCAGAUGAGGGCGACGGCGGGGAGGGGGAUGACGACGUGGAGAUUAACCUCAACGCCUUUAACCUUGACAAUGUGUUCGUCCUCGAGAUGAAGAUAGGGGUGCAGAGGGACGUCGUGUUGCAGAUCCAUCCCGAAAAAAUAUUGGUUAUUCCAGACUGGGAAGACGCGUACAACCACUGAUCCUUUGACGGGUUCCUCGUUGAUACCAUCGCGCCGGCUAUGAUCGACUGCUACGAAUGUAAAGACAUGAGAUACACGAAG